UGUGGGAGAAUGUGUCAGCUCUGAGGGGGAGAGGGGGAUGACGACGUGUAUCUUAAUAACGGGGAGAGAAGACGGAUUGGACUUUCAAACGACAAGAGAUUCAUUAUGAACCGUCAGACAUCAAAGUGUAUCAUGCUAAACAUCUAACGGAAAGCGAUUGAAUGUGUUUGAUUCGGUCUUCAUGGCUCGUAAGACAUCGUCAAAAUCCACUUUAUCUAAGUUGGCGCUGCUAAGGACAGUUGGCUAACUAGUUAGCAUUGUGGUUAGCAUUAUCUUUUUGCUCAACGGAGGAAGGAAGGGGAACAGUUGACGCACUGCUCGGCUAGCGGGCUGUUAGCUAGUAACUUAGCUAACUUAGUUACGUUGUUUCUUUAUACCUGACUCAUUCAGUUUGACAACUAACUUCAAAGAAAAUAAUUGUGAAUGUAUGACUUUUUUUGUUGUAUUUAGCUACUACUAGAGCUAUCAGCUAACAAACCAGCAAGAUUAUCAUAUUCAUAAACGGUUGCUUUGGGGUUUGAAUCAUUUGAUCCAGACCCUGUUGGAAAGGCAGCAGCAGAUCAGCUGUGAUGGCUACAGAUAUGAUCGAGAGUGAGGUAGUGCUGAAGGCUGCGGGUGAUAACGAUAUGAGUCUGAACAAUAGCCCAGACCUAGACACACCCAGGAUUUAUGAGAGCCUGGGAGGAGAUAUCAGGGACACUCCGAGCCCUUCGUCUUCGGCAGUGUCAGGAGGAGAAGAGGAAGAAGAUUUAGAAGACCUGCAAAACAGCAGCACAGAGCUUUCAUUGGAAAAUGGCGAAGAGGCCGCAGGAGCAGCGCUACAGAGGCCAACCCAAACAGGAGGUCCGGCGCAGGAAACGGUGACUCCAGACAAUGGAGAAAAACAGGAGGAAGGGGUGGAGGUGGUGCCAUGCUCCACUCCCGUCAGAAUGCCCCAGACAUACUCAACCUCUGGACAUAAUGGAAGUCUGGAGCGCCAGGAGUCUGUUGCAACCACAGAGGCUCGUCUCCGCAUGGAGGGGGUGGAACUUAAAGAGGAGUGGCAGGACGAGGACUUCCCCAGGCCCCUACCUGAGGAGGAAGAGGAGGACAUUCAGCUGGGUGAAGAUCUCUUCACUGGACCCUCUGGAGAAGGACAGUCUGCUUCUGCAGGGGGCUAUUCUGCUCUGAGUGGUGGUAAGAAGACUAAGAAGAAGCUGGCUGCCCCAGACAUCAGCCUGACUCUGGAUCGGAGUGAAGGAUCUCUGCUGUCUGAUGAGCUGGAGGAGGAGAGUACAGAGCUAGACCUGGAUGAUAUAGACACACCAUCUGACAACAGUAAUGAGUUUGAAUGGGAAGACGACCUGCCGAAGCCCAAGACCACGGAAGUUCUGCAGAAGGGGGUGGAGUCGGUCCAGGUGUACUCGGCCUCCGAGGAGCGGGAGGAGGGGCGGCGCUGGAGAGUGUUCCGUAUAGGAGACCAGGAACACAAAGUCGACAUGAAGGCAAUAGAACCCUACAAGAGGGUCAUCAACCACGGAGGUUACUAUGGAGAUGGCCUGAAUGCCAUCAUAGUGUUUGCCGUGUGUUACAUGCCUGAGAGCAACCAACCCAACUACCGCUACAUCAUGGACAACCUCUUCAAGUAUGUGAUCGGCACUUUGGAGCUCUUGGUAGCAGAGAACUAUAUGAUAGUGUAUCUGAACGGCGCCACGUCCAGGAAGAAGAUGCCCAGUGUGGGCUGGCUCAGGAAGUGCUAUCAGCAGAUCGACCGCAGGUUAAGGAAGAAUUUGAAGUCGUUGAUUAUCGUCCACCCCUCCUGGUUUAUCCGCACCCUCCUGGCCCUCACCAAACCCUUUAUAAGCUCAAAGUUCAGCCAGAAGAUCCAAUUUGUGUUCAACUUGACAGACCUUUCUGAACUGGUUCCUAUGGAAUACGUCUCUAUUCCAGACUGCAUUAAAGAGCUCGACCAGGAGAAACCCGUCAGAGUGGAGAUGGCAGCCAUGCCAGAGACAGAGUAAGACUACCUGGGCGGCUUGCUAGCUCUGUUCUGUCUGCCCUGCACAGCUCCAGACUGAUGACGAAUGUUCAGAACCACAGCUGAUCAGCCUUUACUGUUGAUAAUGUGUGUUGCAACUUGAGAGACUUUGAGAGCUAGCCCAGGUGUAAGAGAAGAUAAGUACCUUUCUGAGACCAUUCUCCCUGUUACUUUGUUACAACCCUCUAACUCUCCGUUUGUCAUUGUUACGACCCUCUCUAUCCCUCUCUCAUUGUUGCAACCCUCUCUCUCCCACUCUCAUUGUUGCAACCCUCUCUCUCCCUCUCUCAUUGUUGCAACCAUCUCUCUCCCACUCUCAUUGUUGCAACCCUCUCUCUCCCUCUCUCAUUGUUGCAUCCCUCUCUCAUUUUUGCAACACUCUCUCUCCCUCUCUCAUUUUUGCAACCCUCUCUCUCCCUCUCUCAUUGUUGCAACCCUCUCUCUCCCACUCAUUGUUGCAACCCACUCUCUCUCUGGUCAAUCUCUCCACCUUGCUCUGUAACCUUUUAUGUAUCAAGCCAAACAUAGAAAUGUUGAUGUCAUAGUUACUUUUUGUAUCUGCAAUGUAUUUAAGGCACUCUGUUACUGAGGGUUGAUGCUUGUUCUUCAUUACAUUUAAAUAUAUAUUUAUAUUCAACAGGUGAGAAAGGACAAAGAUUAAUAUAUAUUUUUAUGUUUUUUUUUUUUUUAUCCUUAUUUUAGGUCACAUGACCCCACAGAGUGAUGUUAAAUAGAGCAGGUUUCACAGCACCAUGAAACUCUUUACUGCAGGUUUUGCAUGACCUGGAAACGGUUUACUGCUAAUGUCUUUGAAAGAAUCCUACAUGAAAAAGUUACUGUCAUCUGUCUGGAAGGACCAGAUUCUGUCUGUCUGUAGCGACAACAAGGUAUAUGUUGUGAAAACAGAGAACCUAAAGAGAUAUUGGUUGAUGCUGAAAUGUGAUACCAGUCUUACUGUCAAUCAGGAUGUUGGUUUUUGUCAAGUGUUUUUGGAGGGGACGUUCUUGUACAUUAUUUCUCUAAAGUAAAAAUCCACAUCCAAAUGUGUCUUUAUUCAUUAGGAAGAAUUAAGUACAACAGAAAAACACACAUACUUACCACAGUAGUUGGCAUACAAAACAUAUUGUUAAUACAUGAUAUACUAUACUAACAAUACAUUACAUGGUAAGACUGGGUUUAGUUUCAUGUUUGACUCAAAUUAGUUACAAUCAUGUCUUCGGUAUUCUACAGUAAAAAAUGGCAUGGUUCCAACAAAAAAAACGACUCUUAAAUGAGGAGUCAAAUGAAAAAGCUGCCUUAAUACCUUGGUGUUACUUAAGAUAUUGUUUUACAUUAGAGAGGCUUUAAUUAAAACACAGAGAAGAUGAGCUGCUUCUAAAUGAGUAAGUUAGAACAUUUCUGACUAAACCCACUUUGCAUAAAGGCGUGUGCUGAAUGGCAGAUUUCUGUUCAAUCUAUAUAUAAAUAUACUGAACAAAAUAUAUCAACUCAGCAUGUAAAGUGUUGGUUUCAUGAGCUGAAGUACAAGAUCCCAGACAUUUUCCAUAC